CCAGCCAAGCUGCUGCCGCCGGCGCAGGGGAAGCAGUUUGUGACGGUGACAGCGCGGGUGGCCGAGGUGACGCUGCAGAAGGUGCUGCUGGUGGCGCUGCAGAGCGGCCACAUCUUCGUGCAGACCGACAAACCCAUCUACACCCCCGGGGCCACAGGUGAGCGCACCUGGACACACCUGGACACACCUGGGGACAGCUGGGGGCACACCUGGGACACACCCGGGGACAGCUGGGCACACCUGGGGACACGUGGGGACAUCAUGGGCACACCCAGGUACCUGUACGGGAAGAGCCUGGAGGGGACGGCCUUUGUCCUCUUCGGGGUCAUGGUGGACGACGAGAAGAAAAGCAUCCCCCAGUCCCUGCGGCGCGUGCAGGUGCAGGACGGUGACGCCGAGGCCGUGCUCUCCAUGGCUCACCUGCGCGAGCGCUUCCCCAACUCCCAGGAGCUCGUGGGACACUCCCUGUAUGUCACUGUCACCGUCAUCACCGAGUCAGGCAGUGACAUGGUGGAGGCACAGCACGGUGGCAUCCAGAUCGUGACGUCCCCCUACAGCAUCCACUUCACGCACACCCCCAAGUACUUCAAGCCGGGGAUGCCCUUUGACCUCACGGUUUAUGUCACCAACCCCGACCAGUCCCCGGCCCCGCGUGUCACCGUCCAGGCCGAUGGCUUCCAGGGCUCGGUGUCCACGCAGCGCGAUGGCACGGCCAGGCUGGUGCUCAACAUGCCGGCCAACAAGGACAGCGUCCCCAUCACCGUACGCACGGCCCAGGCCGGGUUGCCCCGGGAGCGCCAGGCCUCGAGGCAAAUGACGGCCCAGGCCUACCGCAGCCAAGGCGGCUCGGGCAACUUCCUCCACCUGGCGGUGGCCGCCACCGAGCUACAGCCGGGAGACAACCUGGCCGUCAACUUCCACCUCAAGACCAGCAGCAACGACGUCCGCAACUCCGUCCCUUUCUUCACUUACCUGAUCAUGAGCAAAGGCCGCAUCGUCCGAGCCGGCCGGCAGCGGCACGAGGCCGGCCAGAGUUUGGUGACCAUGACGUUGCCCGUGACUCCCGAGCUCAUCCCUUCCUUCCGAGUCGUGGCCUAUUACCACGUCCUGCCCGGGGAGAUCGUGGCCGACUCCGUCUGGGUGGACGUCAAGGACACCUGCAUGGGCACCCUGGUGGUGAAGGGGGCGACAGAAGGUGACAACCGCGUCCACGAGCCGGGGACGCCGAUGAGGCUGCGCAUCGAGGGCGACCACAAGGCCUUCGUGGGGCUGGUGGCCGUGGACAAGGGAGUCUUCGUCCUCAGCAAGAAGAACAAGCUCACCCAGAGCCGGGUGUGGGACACGGUGGAGAGAAGUGACAUCGGCUGCACUCCGGGCAGUGGCAGGGACAACAUCGGCGUCUUCGCGGACGCCGGCCUGAGCCUGACCACCAACGUCCAGAUCACCACGCCCCAGCGCUCAUGUAGGGACACCUGUGAAUCCCUCUCCCCUCCAGCCGCCGAGUACUCGGACAAGCUGGAGCGGAAAUGCUGCGAGGACGGCAUGAGGGACAACCCCAUGGGGCACAGCUGCGACAAGAGAUCCGAGUACAUCCAGGAGGGCGACGCCUGCGUCCGCGCCUUCCUCGACUGUUGCCGAUACAUCAAGGCCAAGAGGGACCAGCAGAACGUGUCACCCAGCACCGGGCUGGCCAGAAGCAAGUGUUGGCUCACAGGGGAGGGACACCCCCUGACCCCUUUGGUCACCCCUGUCCUCUCCAGGGUCUCCACCAAGACGCUGCCCGUGUACCUGAAGGACUCCAUCACCACCUGGGAGGUCCUGGCCGUCAGCCUGUCCCCCUCCAAAGGUCUGUGCGUGGCUGACCCGUACGAGAUCACGGUGAUGAAGGAAUUUUUCAUCGACCUGCGGCUGCCCUACGCCGUGGUGAGGAACGAGCAGGUGGAGAUCAGAGCCAUCCUCUACAACUACUGGCUGCACGACAUCACGGUGAGGGUGGAGCUGCUCCACAACCCCGACCUGUGCAGCCCCUCCACGGCCAAGCAGCGUUUCCAGCAGGUUCUGCGCCUCAAGGCCGAGUCGUCGCGCUCCGUCUCCUUCGUCAUCGUCCCCCUCAAGUUGGGCCUCUUGGACAUCGAGGUCAAGGCCGCCGUCCGCAACCAGUACGUGGGCGACGGCGUCAAGAAGAAGCUCAGGGUGGUGCCCGAGGGGUUGAGGCUGGAGAAGACGGUGAAGAUCGUGGAGCUGGACCCACAGAACAAGGGAAUCAACGGGGUGCAGGAGGAGCGGGUGAAAGCCGCGGAUCUGUCGGACAUCGUCCCCGACACGGAAUCGGAGACCAAAGUCAGCAUCCAAGGAAACCCCGUGUCCAUCAUCGUGGAGAAAGCCAUCGACGGGGCCAAGCUGAAACACCUGAUCGUGACGCCGUCGGGUUGUGGGGAGCAGAACAUGAUCGCCCUGACCCCCACGGUCAUCGCCGUUCACUACCUGGACAAAACCUUGCAGUGGGAGAAUUUCGGCAUCGACCGACGUGCCCAGGCCAUCGAGCUGAUCAGGAAAGGGGUGGAGCCCAGAGCCAGCCCCACGUUCAGCUCCGGACUCUGCCCCCCACAGCCCGAGGGGUUGAGGCUGGAGAAGACGGUGAAGAUCGUGGAGCUGGACCCACAGAACAAGGGAAUCAACGGGGUGCAGGAGGAGCGGGUGAAAGCCGCGGAUCUGUCGGACAUCGUCCCCGACACGGAAUCGGAGACCAAAGUCAGCAUCCAAGGAAACCCCGUGUCCAUCAUCGUGGAGAAAGCCAUCGACGGGGCCAAGCUGAAACACCUGAUCGUGACGCCGUCGGGUUGUGGGGAGCAGAACAUGAUCGCCCUGACCCCCACGGUCAUCGCCGUUCACUACCUGGACAAAACCUUGCAGUGGGAGAAUUUCGGCAUCGACCGACGUGCCCAGGCCAUCGAGCUGAUCAGGAAAGGUUACACCCAACAGUUGGCGUUCCGCAAACCCGACAGCUCCUACGCCGCCUUCCUCAGUCGCCCCUCCAGCACCUGGUUGACCGCCUACGUGGUCAAGGUGUUCGCCAUGGCCCAGAAGUUGGUGGACAUCGAGCACCGCGAGAUCUGCGGCCCCAUCAAGUGGCUCGUCCUCAACAGGCAGAAACCGGACGGGGUCUUCCAGGAGGACGGGCCCGUCAUCCAUAAGGAGAUGGUGGGAGGUUACGAAGGCGCCGAGCCCGAAGUUUCCCUCACCGCCUUCGUCCUCAUCGCCCUGCACGAGGCCCGAGACACCUGCAAGGACCACGUCAACAGUUUGGAUGGGAGCAUCGAGAAAGCCGCCGGCUUCCUCAUCCGCCGCUACGAGCAGCUGGCCCGGCCCUACACGGUGGCCCUGGCGUCGUACGCGCUGGCCCUGACCGGCAAGCUCAAGAGCGAGAAGAUCCUCAUGAGGUUCUCCAAAGGUGAAAUGGGGGAGAAUUUGGGACCUCCCCACGAGUGUCCCCAAGCCCUGGUGACCCCGCUGUCCCCCCAGGCCACCAUCCUGGUGUUCCAAGCGCUGGCCCAGUACCAGGUGGCCGCCAAGGCGCAGCAGCAGCUGGAGCUGGACGUGUCGGUGCUGCUGCCGCGCCGCGCCAGCCCCGUCAAGUAUCGCAUCGAGAACAGCAACGCGCUGGUGGCGCGCUCCACCGAGACCAAGAUCAACGAGGACUUCACGGUGAAGGCGGAGGGCGUGGGCAAGGGGACAAUGACAGUGGUGACAGUGUACCACGCCAAGGUCCCCGAGAAGGACAACAAAUGUGACAAGUUCGACCUGAGCGUCAACGUGGAGGAGGUGGACACGGGCAAGGAAGAGGAGGACGUCAUCAGAUCUGUCAAGAUCACCAUCUGCACCAGGUACCUGGACACCGUGGAU